AUGGCAGAAUCCUCGAGUGAAAUACCUUGCGAAGGCCAUCGAGACCUCGCAGACCAAGCAGAAACGUUAUCGAGAGGACUCAACCAACUGCGUCACGGCUGUGGUCAUGAAAGUACCUCUACAGGCAUCGCAAGUGUCGCGUUGGAGCUCAUGCUCCUUGCCACCGAGCUCAGGACCCUCGAUAGCGCGGUUAGUGCGAAUAAGGAGCAGUAUACCAAAGCGUUUGAUGAAGACUUGGAUGAGAUACGCACUCACCUGGCUGGGAUCUUCGAAGACAUAGCAGACUGCUGCAGUGAAAUGCACAAGGCGGAUGGGCCAAAACAGAGUACUGUUGGUUGGUUGCAGAAGAAGCGAUACGUGAGCAAGGUACAAAAGCACCUGGAGGCCAACAAGACCGCACUCGUUGUCAUGCGGAUGGUCCUUCACCAUGGCAAAUCGUACGGCACACAAAACUCACCUGACCGUCUGGCCGAAUCGUCGCCUCAUAUUCUGCAAGAGGAUCGGGCCAUACUCGAAUCCGUCUUUGCGAGCAGAAAAGCGAUAUCAGAACUGCACAGAUUUACGAACAAAUCACAUGAACAUAGCACAUCUAGUUCAUCAGCAGCAACAACAGACCCUGUGCCGUCCUUCAAGCCUGGUGCCCAUGGACGGAACUUGUCCUCGGCUACAGGAGUUGACACCCCCCUUGUUGAAGACGUCCUUCCUGCUAGCAACUAUAUCCGAAGGAUCGAAAGUGACGAUUCCCUGAGGAGUCGUCUCUCCAACCGUGGAGUGCGGCUUGCAGUUCACAGCUCGAUCCUAGGCUCCAAUGCCCAAGAGGUCCCAAUGUCGUUGAAAAAGAGAUGGUUCUACCAAGAUGGAGUGAGAAAUGUUGUUGAUCGAGUCUUUGUGCAAGAUCGAUCAAGUGCGCAGCUGAGCAGGAUCUCCGAAGUGAAUUCGAACAUGAGUCCUGGAAAUUUUGCGGAGGAACCUUCUCUUCAGCGAAGUGUAAGCACACCAGACAAGUUGAAUGAGCCAGCAUUGGAGAACUCUGGGGUGGGAAAGAAGGAACUCCAUGUCGGAACAUCGAAGGCCAAAAAGCGAAGUCUUACUCUUAUGGAGUCACCUGUUGGCAGGACACUAGGCAGGGUGAUUACACGAUUGUCCCACAUCACCAUCAACAGCGACCGGAAAACCGAAACAGCAAACGUCGAGGUUGACAAAGAAAAGAACACAGAUGAAGAGAAUGAGAAUGGGGACAGAUCUGGCUGGUCCUACCGUUUUUCCAAGCCAUUCCUUAAGCCGGAGCUGACGACACCCGACUUCAACAGAGACGUCGAGAACAUGGCUUUGCGUUAG